CCUCCGAAGAGAAAAGCAAGAGUACCUUGAAAACUUCAGCCUCUUCUUUGUUUUGUUUUCCUACUUAAAAGGGAGUAAUUCUUAUCCCUAUCUACAUUAUCUCAAAAAGAAAUAAAAGCACCGAAAGACUGAGCUACUUCCUGGUAAAAAAGAACCAAAAAUAAAACUAAGAAUAGUAUUUCUAGUACUAGUAGUUAAUAACUUCCUUACCCUUCUGUUUCGAUUACAAAUGAUCAUUAAAUAGGACAGGUCAUGAGUGCUAUGAGUCAUGUUCAGGGCUCCUCUCCUCUGCAUGGAAAUGUGUGUCAGUUUCCAUCUGCUGCAACGCUUUCUUCCUCCUCCACCAAUAAAUUCCCUGCCUGAUCUCCUUCUUCAUCACUGAUCUUUUCUGAGGUAUAGUCCCAUUCAAGCCUAUUUUACACUGCUCUUGUUUCCACUUUUCAGUGCUUUCCCAUCGACAUGCUUAGAUCCUUAGCCAGGCAGUUCAAGUUUGUUACCAGUAAGCAACUUAGAUUUUACUCUGUAGAUGGUUCUGGCGGGAGGUUGGAAGGUAAAGUAGCCUUGAUAACAGGGGGUGCAAGUGGGCUUGGCAAGGCCACCGCCUUCGAGUUCAUAAAAAAUGGAGCCCAGGUCAUCAUUGCAGACAUCGAUUCUCAAACAGGCCCGCAAGCUGCCGAUGACCUGGGCCCUGCAGCACAAUUUGUGCAAUGUGAUGUGGCUAUGGAGUCCCAAGUUGCAGAAGCUGUAGAAAUUGCCAUGGCCCGUCAUGGAAAACUUGACAUAAUGUUCAACAACGCCGGUGUAGCAGGUCAGGCGUUUCCCCCCAGCAUUGCGGACCUCGACCUGGAUGAAUUUGACAGGGUGAUGCGGAUCAACGUCCGAGGCAUGAUGGCGGGGAUAAAGCAUGCAGCCCGAGUGAUGGUUCCCGCUGUCUCGGGCUCCAUUCUUUGCACAUCGAGUAUUAGUGGCCUGAUGGGUGGGCUGGGUCCCCAUCCAUACACAGUAGCAAAAUUCACAAUCCCCGGAAUUGUAAAGUCUGUAGCUAGUGAGUUAUGCCGAAGUGGCGUGAGGAUCAACUGCAUUUCACCAGCUCCCAUCCCAACUCCAAUGGUGAUAAAUCAAAUAGCUCAGAUUUACCAGGGUGUUCCCAAAGAGAAGGUAAUGGAGAUUAUCAAUGGGCUAGGGGAGCUGAAAGGAGCCAAAUGCGAGGACAUAGAUGUGGCGAAGGCUGCACUGUACUUGGCCUCGGAUGAAGCAAAGUACGUAACAGGUCAUAACUUGGUUGUUGAUGGAGGUUUCACCAGCUUCAAGAACCUUAGCUUCCCAUCUCCCUGACCAGCUUGUCUGAUAUAUCAUACUUGUUUUUAUUUUGCUUUCUUCUUUGAUCAUCAAAAUCAUUUAGCUCCGCUUUGAUUUGGAUUGA